AUUUAUAACGUCAUUCUGACGUAAUCAUAUAGCCAAUCAGAUUGUUGCUUAUAGUGACGCAAAGAGGCAGGAAGUGGAAUCGCCUGGUGAUUAGAGGCGUAUUUCUGAGUCUGCAACCAUGUGGCCAUUGAUCUGGACUGCCAUGCGCACUUAUGCACCCUAUGUGACCUUCCCAGUGGCCUUUGUGGUGGGAGCUGUUGGAUACCAGCUUGAGUGGUUCAUCAGGGGCACCCCAAAUGCCCCAGGAGAAGAGAGGGGCAUUGCAGAGCUACGGGAGGAUAGAAAAUUAGAGGAACUGACUGGUAAGGACAGUACACAGGUCCUCAGCCUGAAGAACAAACUGGAAUUCACACCUAGGGCAGCGCUGGAAAGAAACCGACCGGAGAAGAACUAAGUUUUAUUAAAUGUCAUGAAGUCCUCCAAGAUUACUAUAUAAUGAUGUGCAACUUCUCAAACUUUUGGCUCAUUUGUCAACCUCUACGGCCCCAGGGACGGGAACUUCAUCUGGAAACUUUUGUGUGUGAUAUCAAGUCCACUUCUGCUACUUCAUUCUGCCAUCCUAAUUAAAUGGAGUCUUACUGUAAUAUUUACCAUACCAGCUGGUGGAGCUUGACUGCUGAGAGAAUAUUUUACAACUUUCAUUCUUUUGAGACUUUUUAAUAUUCAUCUUCUGCCCUUAGGCGUCCAGACACAUGACUAUAUUAGUCCUAACUUGGAAAGCUUUAAUAAUUUUUUCCAUUUGUGCUGCCUGUCAUAUGCUCAUGAGACUGAAUCUCAAAGAAAGCCCACCUUUGUUAAGUUUGUGUCUGUGUGAAUAAAAGUGCUUCUAUGCAAGGCAACACUUGAGUUAGGCUUGAGAUGUUUAAACUUUGCCUGGCUGAAGUGAUUCAGAUUCAGAAUGCUCAGUAAUUCAUAUAAGCUCUGUUUUCAUGGUCAAUUAGUAAUAAUGGACAGAGUGAGGAGUGAAUGCGAAGUUUUGCCCCAGUGUUAAUCUUUCCGGUUAAUGUAAGAACUCACUUUGGAUAUGUGGAACAAAACAACGAUCUCAUAUUUAAAACCAAUUAUCUGUAAGUUUUGAGUCCAUUUACCUGUACAGUACCGAGAACUCAUUCUAUUGCGGGAAUCAUUACGCAUGCAGUGCUUUCAUAAGCAUCAUUAUGGCAAAAAUGUCAGUGAUAAUUGCACAGCUAACGUGGUGAAGUGUGUGGGAGGCUAUUCAUAAUAAAUGUAAAGUUACCCUGUA